CACCACCCGCUUUUCCGCUCCCUCCCUCGAUUCGCAGUACCCCUCCGGCUGUGCCGCACUUCACUCCACCUUCAGCCACCUUCCACCCACUUCAAAUCUCACCACACCCGGCCCACGAUGCGCGUGUCCGUCUCCGUCUCGUUCGCGUGCAGUGUCCUCCUCGCGCUGCAGGCCCUCGCUGCACCCGUCGACCUCGCCGCGCGCGGCAGCAAGAACAACAACAGCAACAAGGCCGCCGCGCUGACCGGGGAGCUCGAGGCGACCGGGACCGGCGCCGGGACCGGCGUGCAGGCCGGCGCGACGCCGGGCACCAACAACGCUAACCCCACCCCCGGCGGCAACGGCGACGUGAAUCCCACCCCGGGUAACGGAGCCGCCGGCGCGGCCGCCACCGGGGUCACCGCCGGCACGCGCACCGGCGCCAAGGGCCGCAAAGGCAAGGCGAAAGGCAAAGCCGGCCGCAAAGGCAAGGGGGGUUCAAGUCUCGAAUCAUGGAUAUAG